GAGAGAGAGAGAGGUAGUUGUUUAGUCUCUCUCAGAGGGAGACGCACCCGCUUCAGUAUUUAUACUCUUAAUCAACUGAGAGAAGCGCAUUACAAAGAAAAGAACUACUCCUACCAAGUUAUAAAAGCAGAAAAUUAAAGGCUGUAGAAAAUUGGAGGAGAAAUGGUGGUGCUGCAUCAGAAGGUGGUGGUGGAACGGUGGUGGCGGUGUUCAUUCCUUGCACUCAUUUUAACUGCAUCUCUCGGCGCAGUCCACGGUGGCGAUGUCACCUACGACGGAAGGUCCUUAAUCAUUGAUGGACAACAUAAAAUCCUCUUCUCUGGUUCAAUUCACUAUCCUCGUAGCACUCCUGAGAUGUGGCCUAAUUUAAUUGUGAAAGCUAAGGAAGGGAGAAUAGAUGUCAUACAAACUUAUGUGUUUUGGAACCUACACGAGCCUCAUCAAGGCCAGUAUGAUUUUAGUGGAAGACGUGACUUAGUGAGAUUCAUUAAGGAAAUUCAAGCGCAAGGUUUAUAUGUGACCCUUCGAAUUGGACCAUACAUUGAGAGUGAAUGGACUUACGGGGGCCUACCAUUAUGGCUACAUGAUAUUCCUGGUAUUGUUUUCAGAUCUGAUAAUCAGCCAUUCAAGAUUCAGAUGCAAAGAUUCACUGCGAAAAUAGUGAACAUGAUGAAAUCGGCUAAUCUUUAUGCUUCACAAGGAGGGCCUAUCAUACUAUCACAGAUUGAGAAUGAAUAUGGGACUGUUGAAAGUUCGUUUCACGAGAAAGGAUUGCCCUAUGUUCGUUGGGCUGCCCAAAUGGCCGUGGGACUCCAAACUGGUGUACCUUGGGUCAUGUGCAAACAAGAUGAUGCUCCUAAUCCAGUGAUCAACACGUGCAAUAGUAUGCAGUGCGGGACAAAAUUCAAGGGUCCAAACUCGCCCAACAAGCCUUCAUUGUGGACAGAGAAUUGGACAAGUUUUGUUGAAGUCUUUGGAGGAAAACCAUACUUGAGAUCAGCUCAAGACAUUGCCUAUAAUGUUGCCUUGUUCAUUGCAAAGAACGGAAGCUAUGUCAAUUACUACAUGUACCAUGGAGGAACCAAUUUUGACAGAUCGGCUUCAGCUUACGUAAUAACAGCUUAUUACGACCAAGCUCCACUAGAUGAAUAUGGUUUGAUUAGGCAACCAAAAUGGGGCCAUCUUAAGGAACUACAUGCUACAAUCAAGUCAUGUUCAAAACCUCUCCUCUAUGGAACUCAAACAACAAUCAGCUUGGGCCCUCAGCAACAAGCUUAUGUUUUCAAAAGUAGCUCAACAGAUUGUGCUGCCUUCCUAGAAAAUAGUGGAGACAUGGAUGUGAAAAUUCAAUUUCAAAAUAUUUGGUAUCAACUACCACCAAAAUCAAUCAGUAUUCUACCAGGCUGCAAGAAUGUAGCCUUCAACACAGCUAAGGUGACAGUGCCAAGCAAUACCAGAGAAAUGAAAUCACAGAUACAGUUUAACUCAGCUGAAAAAUGGAAAGUGUACAGAGAAGCCAUCCCUAACUUGGAUGAUACUUCAUUAAGAGCAAAUAUACUUUUAGAUCAAAUCAGCACAGCAAAAGAUACAUCUGACUACAUGUGGUACACUUUCAGGUUUUAUCACAACUCUCCUAAUGCUCAAUCUGCUCUUAGUGUGCUCAGCCAAGGACAUGUUUUGCAUGCCUUCAUCAAUGGAGUUUUAGCAGGUUCUGCACAUGGAAGCCCUGGUGAUAAAUCUUUCAUUAUGGAGAACAAUGUCAAACUGACACCUGGGAGGAACUACAUUUCCUUCCUGAGUGCAACAGUUGGACUGCCGAACUCAGGAGCAUAUCUAGAGCGCAGAGUUGCUGGUCUACGUAGUGUGAAAGUUCAAGGCAGAGAUGUCACUAACCAAUCAUGGGGAUAUCAGGUUGGAUUGUUAGGAGAAAAAUUGCAAAUCUAUACAGCUAGUGGAUCAAGUAAAGUUCAGUGGGAAAGUUUUCAAAGCUCUACUAAACCACUUACAUGGUAUCAGACCACAUUUGAUGCACCAGAGGGCAACAAUCCUGUAGUGCUUAAUCUUGGCUCUAUGGGAAAAGGAAUUACUUGGGUUAAUGGCCAAGGUAUUGGCCGAUAUUGGGUAUCUUUCCACACACCAGAUGGAACUUCUUCACAGAACUGGUAUCACAUACCCCGUUCCAUCCUAAAAUCUACUGGGAACCUACUAGUUAUACUAGAAGAAGAGAGUGGGAACCCACUAGAGAUCACUCUAGACACAGUAUACACCACCUGAAAGAACAUGCAUUAUGAGUAAACAAGAGUACUCAGUCUACAAUUGUAUUUUUAGGAAAUGAUAUCUAUCAUAGAAAUAUAUAUAUAUAUAUAUAUAUUUUUAAGCAA